GCUGACGCCCCCGACCCCGCCGCCUCCUUCGCUCGGCUCCGGAGGCGCCCGACGUCGCACCAGCUCCGGGAGUGAGAGCCGCGACAGGCGACCGGACCCCCGAGGCCCCGAGCUCAGGACAGCAUAAAAGACUGAACUAUGAUAGCAACUGGUGGAGUGAUAACUGGCCUGGCCGCCUUGAAGAGGCAAGACUCUGCCAGAUCGCAGCAUCAUGUCAACCUCAGCCCGUCGCCUGCUGCCCAGGAGAAGAAACCAGUCAGGCGUCGACCUCGGGCCGAUGUCGUGGUUGUUCGCGGCAAAAUCCGGCUUUACUCCCCAUCUGGUUUCUUCCUCAUUUUAGGAGUCCUUAUUUCCAUUGUAGGAAUCGCAAUGGCAGUCCUUGGAUAUUGGCCUCAAAAAGAACGUUUUAUCGAUGCUGAGACGACAUUGUCAACAAACGAAACUCAGGUCAUCCGGAGCCAAGGUGGUGUGGUGGUUCGCUUCUUUGAGCAGCAUUUGCAUUCUGAUAACAUGAAAAUGCUUGGCCCUUUCACAAUGGGGAUUGGCAUUUUCAUUUUCAUUUGUGCUAACGCCAUUCUUCACGAGAACCGUGACAAAGAAACAAAAGUCAUACAUAUGAGGGAUAUCUAUUCCACAGUCAUCGACAUCCACACGCUAAGAAUCAAGGAGCAAAAGCAUAUGAAUGGCAUCUACCCUGGUCUAAUGGGGGAAACGGAAGUAAAACAGAAUGGGAACUCCUGUGCCUCAAGACUGGCAGCAAAUACCAUUGCUUCUUUUUCAGGUUUUAGGAGCAGUUUUCGGAUGGACGGCUCUGUUGAGGAGGACGAGCUGGUGAGAAAUGAAAGGAAGAGUUUUGGACAUCUUAUGCCACCUUUGCUCUCUGACAGCUCUAACUCUGUUUGUGGCCUCUAUCCACCUCCUUCCCAGACAACUGAUGAUAAGACCAGUGGCCCUAAGAAAUGUGAAACCAAGUCAAUUGUGUCAUCGUCCAUCAGUACUUUUACAUUGCCUGUGAUCAAACUUAAUAAUUGCGUUAUUGAUGAGCCCAGUAUAGAUAACAUCACUGAGGAUGCUGACAACCUCAAAAGUAGGUCGAGGAAUUUGUCAAUGGACUCCCUUAUGGUCCCUUUGCCCAAUACCAGUCAGUCCUUCCAGCCGGUCAGUAUGAUGCUCCCAAGGAAUAAUUCCGUUGGGGAGUCACUGUCAAGUCAGUACAAGUCCUCUGUGGCCCUUGGACCUGGGGCUGGACAGCUCUUGUCUCCUGGGGAUGCUAGAAGACAAUUUGGGUCCAACACAUCCUUGCAUUUGCUCUCGUCACACUCGAAAUCCUUAGACUUAGACCGGGGUCACUCCACCUUAACCGUUCAGGCAGAACAACGGAAACAUCCAAGUUGGCCUCGGUUGGAUCGAAGCAACAGCAAAGGAUACAUGAAACUAGAGAACAAAGAGGACCCGAUGGAGAGGCUGCUUGUACCCCAAGCUGCAAUCAAGAAAGACUUUACCAAUAAGGAGAAGCUUCUUAUGAUUUCAAGAUCUCACAAUAAUUUGAGUUUUGAACAUGAUGAGUUUUUAAGUAACAACUUGAAGCGGGGAACUUCUGAAACAAGGUUUUAAUGUUGAAAAAAUAUCUUAUUUUACAAGGCUAUAUAUUCUAAACCUAUUUUCACCAGUGUUCCCUUGUUAAAGCCUUGGUUAUAAGCCUUUUUAAUCAAAUGGUUUGUAGUAUAUUAGACCUGGCUGCUUAAUUCUGUAAUGGAGACUUACAGAUGUUUGGAUUACUUAGGAUUGCAGUACUCUAUAUUACUACAUAUGAAUUUAUUUUUUUCCAUUCCCUUGAAAGCAUGGGUUCUUUCAUUAAUAUGAAUACAAAAUACUUCCAUCCAAAUUAAAGUUCCUAUUCUUUAAAGUUCUUUCACUGAUGGUCAUAUUCAUAGAGCAAAGUGUCCAGUUU